AAUGAGUCUAUGGUAAACCACCGCCGCGCCGUGCUUUUCAAGCAUUUUGCUAGAAAUAAUGUCUUUGAACUUAUAACACUUGUCCUAUCCUUCCUAUUGUCGCCGCCUGUAUGAGCUUAGAUCCCUUUGCCUUUCCACAUGGAUAUGAAGGAAACAAAAAAAAUCUAAUGUCAAAAGUGUGCGUGCUGUCAAAUUGAACCAAUUCUCGUCCAUUUCGUUGCGGUUGUCGUCAGACAUGUCGCACAGGAAAUUCUCGGCACCUCGCCAUGGGUCUAUGGGGUUCUACCCUAAGAAGAGGUCCCGCCGUCAUCGUGGUAAAGUGAAGGCUUUCCCCAAGGAUGACCCCAGCAAACCUGUGCAUCUCACCGCUUUUAUUGGUUAUAAAGCUGGUAUGACCCACGUGGUUCGUGAACCUGACCGUCCUGGCUCAAAGAUUAACAAAAAGGAGAUUGUAGAAGCAGUAACCAUCAUUGAAACACCACCUAUGGUGUGUGUCGGUGUUGUUGGUUAUAUUGAAACUCCACAUGGUCUCCGUGCUCUGCUCACAGUAUGGGCCGAGCACAUGUCCGAGGACUGUCGCCGUCGCUUUUACAAAAACUGGUACAAGUGCAAGAAGAAGGCCUUUACCAAGUCUAGUAAGAAAUGGCAAGAUGAGCUUGGCCGCAAAUCCAUUGAAAAAGACUUCAAGAAGAUGAUACGCUACUGCAGUGUGGUCAGGGUCAUUGCUCAUACUCAGAUGAAGUUGCUCAAGCAACGCCAGAAGAAGGCCCAUAUUAUGGAAAUCCAGGUUAACGGAGGCACUAUUGAAGACAAAGUUAAAUGGGCUAGGGACCACUUGGAGAAGCCUAUCCCAGUGGACUCGGUGUUUGUUCAAGACGAGAUGAUUGACUGCAUUGGGGUCACGAAGGGAAAAGGAUACAAAGGUGUGACUUCACGUUGGCAUACCAAGAAGCUUCCUCGUAAGACACACAAGGGUCUACGCAAGGUUGCUUGUAUUGGAGCAUGGCAUCCUUCAAGAGUGUCUUUCACGGUUGCACGUGCUGGUCAGAAAGGCUACCACCACCGCACUGAGAUGAACAAGAAGAUCUACCGUAUUGGACAAGGAAUACACACUAAGGAUGGAAAGGUUAUCAAGAACAAUGCCUCCACGGAAUAUGACCUGUCUGAGAAGUCUAUCACUCCUAUGGGUGGUUUCCCUCACUAUGGUGAAGUAAAUAAUGACUUUGUGAUGAUCAAGGGCUGCUGUAUGGGCCCCAAGAAGCGAGUGAUUACCCUGAGAAAGUCUCUCAGAGUCCACACCAAGAGGGCUGCCCUUGAGAAGAUCAACCUGAAGUUCAUUGAUACUUCGUCCAAGUUCGGUCACGGUCGCUUCCAGACGCCGGCUGACAAGGCCGCCUUCAUGGGUACCCUUAAGAAGGACCGUAUACGAGAGGAAGCUGCAGCCACCACCACUCCUGCUGCUACUCAAUCCUAGACACCUUGGAUUUAAGAAAUAAAAUAUAUGACAAAAUAAA